UGCCUGCAUGUCAAAAGAUGUGUCGCUCCGACUCUCUUUGACACAUCCGCAUCAGCUAUUUGGCUAGUUGCGCUGCCAACGUCCGCGGCGCGAAUUCCACGCCCGGUCUCACUUCUGGUUUCUCCAUCAACUACCAAGUCUCCACUUCAAAACCUCUCGACAACCAUGACGAAUUGUAGCCAGAAGUUCCUCACGCUGGAGGACCUCAAGAUGGCGUUCAACGUCUUCUGCUGUGUCUACGGUGUUGGAACGCUUGGUAUGCCCGGCAAUUUCUCGCGUGCCGGCCCCGUGCUCGCCGUCAUCGCCAUGCUCUUCAUGGCGUUCGCUAACGUCUAUGCGUCCGUGGCAAUCUGCCGUGUCAUGCUGUUAGCUCCCAAGUCCGUCAAGACGUACGGCGACCUCGGUCAAUGGGCCGCCGGUAAGUGGGGUCACUGGUUCGCAGUGGUGGCUCAGAUGGCGUCGUGUCUUCUCGUGCCCUGCGUGUUCCUCGUUCUGGGCGGUUCGCUACUCGACGGCCUGUUCCCAAACGCCUUCAGUGAUUCCGUCUGGAUCAUCUUCAUGGCCUUAAUGUGCCUACCCGUGUGUCUUAUCCCCACUUUGAAGGAAGGAGCUGGGGCCGCGUUCGCCGGUUGUGCCGGCACGGUCAUCGCUGAUAUCAUUGGCGUAUCGGUCGUGCUGUACGGUAUGCGCGGCCACCCGUCCGUGCCGUCGCCUGACCUCAAGUUCUCUCAGGUUGCCGGUGUAUUCGGAAACCUGUCGCUCGCGUACGGUGCCGGUGUUGUUAUCCCGGCCCUGCAACGUCAACACAGCGACCCCAAGCGCAUGCCGCGCGUGGUGUUCUUCACUAUUACACUGAUCUCGUGCCUGUUCUUGAUCCUGGCCAGCACGGCGUACUCUGCUGUGGGGUGUCAGAUCUCAGGCAACCUGCUCUUCACGAUCUAUCCGGACGCCGAUACGGGCAUGACCUCGCUCGGUUUCAAAUCGGAUUGGGGCGCCGUUGUUCUGGCCUACCUGUUCAUGCAACUUCAUAUUACUAUUGCCUUCUCAGUUCUGUUGAACCCCGUGUUCUACCUGUCCGAGCGUAUAGCGCUUGGCAUGCACAAGAAGAAACAGAGCGACAUUGAGAGCGGUCUCACAUAUGCCGAGAUGGGAACCCCCGCUAAGGAAUCUGUAGCGAAUCCGUCGGUGAACGCCGUGUCGGAGCGCCGUUCGGGUACGUCGUAUAUCUCAGUGGCUGACGCUGAAAACCCGCACUACGGUGACGCGGAGGCUGAAGCUGCCGAGUAUCGUGGGGCUAACGUUAUCAAGUACGUCGUGAUGCGUAUGGCAAUCAUCGUCGUGCUGGUUAUCCUGUCCAUUGUGCUGAGGGACCAUUUCUCGGACCUGUCGGACUUCGUGGGUGCUUCCUGCAUCUCACUUAACAGUAUCAUCCUGCCGGUCGUGUUCCUGCUGAAGAAAUGCUGGAAUACCAUUCCAAUGUACGAGAAGAUCCCGGCGUUGUUGGUGGUGGUGGUGUGCACCUUCUUGGGCGGCUACGUGACAUAUACGUCGGGCAAGACGCUGUUCACCCCGACGGACUCGGAUGUGUCCUUCCCGUACUGCGACUCGGAGUAUGAGAACACAGUGUACUACAACUACACCGCCGUCCAUGGAUAAGUAAGUUUGUAGUUAUAAGGCGAUCUGCUCGACUCGGCUGAGAAUGCUUUCUCUUGCUUUCAUUUUGCUUUGUAAUAAUUUUUUCAUGAAUUGGUUGUACUAUCGGGUAGAGUGUCACCAAACGCAGCC